UUCCCUCACUCUCUAUACAAAACCAGAGCAAAACAAAAGCGAACCCAAAACAAAUAGAAAAUCUUCCAGUUUUGCUUGUAAGCUUACUCUCUGAUAUGCGCUAGCUUUCUCACGGAACUAUAGAUUUGAACUUCGAAAGUAUUGCAUUUGCGAGGUAUUUUCAGUUUCUCGUGGUCUUUGCGUUAUGGGAAAAUCACCAGGGAAAUGGAUUAAGACGGUGUUUUUUGGAAAGAGAACUUCCAAAACUGGUUACCAUAAACGAAGAGGGAAUGCUGCCAAUGUAAAGGAGGUAUUGGUUGCAGUCAGGGCAUCAGAAACUGAUGUUGCGGUGGCUCCUCCCUUUUCUUCACAGCUUAAUCCAUAUGCUAAUGAGAGGGAUGAAAGGAAAUUAGAAGUGAAAAACAAUGAGGCUGCAAAUAUAUCUAAUGAUGACGGGAUAUCACUGCCAGUGAGUCAAGGCAUAGAUUCUCCAAGUUCCACUCUCCAAGAUUCGCAAUAUGAUCCAGAAAGGGUUAAGGAAGAACAAGCAGCAACCAUUGUUAAGGCUGCUUUUAGGGGUUACCUGGCACGCCGAGCAUUCGGGGCCCUCAAAGCCAUUAUAAGGCUGCAGGCACUUAUUCGUGGUCACUUGGUUAGAAGGCAAGCUAUUACUACUUUGUUCUGUAUGAUGGGAAUUGUCAAGCUACAAGCUCACGUUCGUGGAGUAAUGGCCAGGCAUUCUGAUGGUGGUCUUGAAGUGCAGAAGAAACUCAAUCAAAUGAAUCUUCAGGAAAGCAAUCCUGUGGCUUCUCUUGGAGUGAAUAAGUCUGCUCGCAUUGGAAAGUUGUCAGAAAAUGCUUUUGUUCGUAAGCUUGUUGCUUCAUCACUUCCUAUAUUGCCUCUGCUCCUCCAUGUUGAUGCUGGGGAACCUAAUUCUGUCCGGAACUGGUUAGAGCGCUGGUCAGCAUCCUGCUUCUGGAAACCAGUUCCUCAACCGAGAAAGGCCUCCGGCUCUAAGUUGCAGAGGAAACAGGCUAAUGGUCAUGUUGACAUUGAUACAGGUCGACCAAAACUGAGUGUUCGCAGGAUUCGUCCUGCAAAUCUGGAUGGUACCUCUGUUCUAGCAACCUCUGAAUUUGACAAGCCCAAGCGUAACCUGAGGAAAGUUUCCAGCAAUCCCGCUGAGUCGUCAGUGCAGGAAAACCCACAAAAUGAGUUUGAAAAGGUUAAACGCAACUUGAGAAAGGUUCAUAAUUCUGUAGUAGAAAAUUCAGUGCAGUCAGAGGCUGAAUUUGAAAAGCCAAAGCCGAGUUCAGAGAAGGUCUCAAGCACUACUAACAUAGAUAUCGUGGAACAGAGCCUUAAUAGUUUGACUGAGAAGAUAGACAAAGAGAUGGCCUUGACAGUGAAUAGUUCUGCCGAGAAGAUGAAGAACGAGAUGUCCGUCACAGUAACUAGCUCAACUGAGGAGGUGAGAGAGACUACCACAAGAAAUAGCGCAGCUGAGAAGAUGAACAAAGAGACGGACUUGAAAAUAAAUAAUUCGGCAGAAAAGAUGAAAAAAGAGACAGCCGUGAUGGUAAAUAGCUCGGCUGAGAAGAUGAGAGAAGAAACUGCUACAACAAAUGGCUCAGCUGAGAAGAAGAAGAAAGAGACGCCCUUGACAAUAAAUAAAGCACCUGAGAACAUGAAGAAAGAGAUAGCCAUGACAGUAAACAGCUCAACAGAGAAGAUGAGACAAGAGACAGAUACAGUAAAUAGCACAGUUGAGAAGAUGAAAGAGAGGGCGUUGACAGUAAAUAGCUCAGCAGAGAAGAUGAAGAAAGAGAUUGCUGUGAAAGUGAAUGGCUUAGCUGAGAAGAUGAAAGAGAUGGCAUUGACAGUGAAUAGCUCAGCGGAGAAGGUGGAAAAAGAGAUUGCUGUGAAAGUGAAUGGCUCAGCUGAGAAGAUGAAAGAGAUAGCAUUGACAGUAAAUAGCUCAGCAGAGAAGGUGAAGAAAGAGAUUGCUGUGAAAGUGAAUGGCUCAGCUGAGAAGGGGAAGAAAGAGAUAGCUGUGGAAGUGAAUGGCUCAGCUGAGAAGAUGAAAAAAGAGACAACUUUGGCAGUUUCAAAAUCAGUUGACAAUGAAACUGUGUCAUGGCCAUUGGUGAUGAAUGAGACAUUGGAUAUAUUUCAUGCGGAUCCUGCUAUUGUUGAUUCAAAGCCUUCAAUUGAUAGAACUGUCAAGGGUAAUAAAACUUCCGCGGCAAAUGUGGAGCUGAAAAGGAAGGACGACUCGAUGAACAAUGAGAAUCAGAAGUCCAGCAGGAAAGCUUUUAAUCCAGCAAACCAAGAUCAUACAGAAAAUGGGCCUCAAAUCAGUCCUCCACUUCCAAGCUACAUGGCAGCAACUGAAUCUGCCAAGGCUAAGCUGAGACUGCAAGGUUCUCCUCGAUCUGGUCAGGAUGGAGAUGACAAAAAUAAUCUCACUCGUCGCCAGUCUUUGCCAUUUUCAGCUAACGGUAAAAGCAGCUCACAGUCACCAAGGGGACAGAGACUGGUUCAUGCAGGGAAAGAAGGUAGCAAAAGCGAGAGAGCAUUGUCAUCCAGAGACAGAAAUGCAAAGGCGACUCAAGUAGAGUGGAGGAGAUGAUCUCGUUGUGAAUUGAGGAUUCAGCACGAAUAGGUUCAAAAUUCAUAUGCUUUGUGGUGUAUAAAAUUAUUAGAACAUACUAUGAAACUGAAACUGGGUCAAUAAGAGGUGUGCAUAGGCCAGGUGCCAAUGAAAAAUUCGGUAUUUCUCGGUGUUUGUGAGUGUAAAUCAAUAGGUUUCGAACUUUCAACAUGGCCACAAAACAAUCAUCGUUAUAAAAGUUUAUUUUCGUUUGUUUGUUGAA